GAGAUGCUUUAUAUAUGUGGAAAGUUGGUGAGUGACAUGGCACUUGCGAAGCAUGGCGUCGUCUACCGCCGUGGAGACCGGAGGAGCAGCGACGCCACUGAAGUCGGUGCUCCACCGCGUCCAACAAGCCGCCGAACGGUCCGGCCGAAACGUGGAAGAGAUCCGUGUGGUGGCGGCAAGCAAGACGAAGUCAAUUUCCGCUCUCCGUCAGGUCUACGACGCUGGCCACCGCUGCUUCGGCGAGAACUACGUUAAGGAACUUCUUCAAAAAGCUCCUCAGCUUCCAGAUGAUAUCGAGUGGCAUUUAAUCGGCAAUUUACAGAGCAACAAAGUGAAACCUCUUAUCGCUGGUGUUCCCAACCUUGCUUAUGUAGAGUCUGUAGACGAUGAGAAGAUAGCAAAUCUUCUUGACCUUGCCGUAGAAAAAGUUGGAAGGAAACCGUUGAAGGUUUUUGUUCAAGUGAAUACAAGUGGAGAAACAUCAAAAUUUGGUGUUGAACCAGCUCAGUGUGUGGACCUUGUAAAACAUAUUACUAACUGCCCAAACCUUGAGUUUUGUGGCUUAAUGACAAUUGGCAUGCUGGAUUACACAUCCACCCCAGAAAAUUUUAAGGUGACGAUCAAGCAUUCUGGACACCAGACGUUAUCCAAUUGUAGAAGUGAAGUUUGUAAAGCACUUGGAAUACCAGAAACGCAAUGUGAGCUGUCAAUGGGCAUGACUGCAGACUUUGAACAAGCUAUUAAGAUGGGAAGUACAACUGUUAGGAUUGGAACUGCCAUAUUUGGGCCUAGAGAAUAGCCACUGAAAGAAGAGGAGUAGCUGCCCUCUUUUUAUGUGUGUUGGUAUUGCGGUGCUUAGAUUCACAAGUCAAAGUCAUGGAGCAGCAUGAACUAACUAAAUAAGCUGGAAAUAAAUAUAGUCAUGAGCAUGAUGAUGGUAGUUAGUAAGCUGUGGGAGAGCUGUGUAUUCGGAAUAAACUUCAAGACUGAACGUUGUAUUCUAAUUUCUGUCAAAUGAGAAAA